GUGUGUCUGAGGUUGGACUACGGAGAGACAUCAGAGGCGCACUGACUCCUCACAAGUGGGUGAAAGAAAAGAGUCCAGUGGAAUGGAGGAAGUGAACCGAGGCGCAAAGACUGGCUCCUUUUGAGACAUAACAACAGGGAAGAGAUGCUCGAAUGAGAUCAGGGGUGAUGAAGAGUGCAAUUACGAGUUUUGAUGAAGAGUUAAGGUUGUUUUCCAAAAUGGCACGGAUUUGCGCUCAUCCAAAUGCGCACUUCGCAAAGAUGACAUAGCACUAGAGAAAAAUGGGAUUCAUCCAGGAAAAGAACUCACUCACGACCUAAAUGAAAGUAUAAAAAGGGAUUCUAGUCAAAUCGGAGUUUUGUGUUGCUGUUUUUUCCCCUCCUUAUUUACUUGACAAGCUUUUUGGCUGUGAGUGAAUUCAGAGUGAAACAUGAAUCUGGGCAAAGCACUUCUGUUUUUUCUCCUCUCAAGUUGUGUGACAAUGACUUUCUCGCUCUCCACUUGCACCACCGUGGACAUCGACCACAUAAAGAAAAAGAGAGUGGAGGCUGUCCGGGGACAAAUUCUGAGUAAACUCCGGAUGACCAGUCCGCCUCAGGCAACAGGUCCGAGCCAGGUACCGUUUCAGGUCCUGGCCCUCUACAACAGCACCAGGGAGCUCAUUGAGGAGCUCGGGAGAGACCGGCAGCAGAGUUGCGGGCAGGAUAACACAGAGACUGAGUACUACGCCAAAGAAAUUUACAAGUUCAACAUGAUCAAUGGUCCACCAGAAAACAAUGACCUCCACUGCACUAAGAGUACAACCUCCAAGGUAUUCCGCUUCAAUGUGUCGAUCCUAGAGAAGAACGCCACCAACUUAUUCCGGGCCGAGUUUCGAGCCCUGAAGAUCAACAACCACAUGGCCAAGAAAAACGAGCAGAGGAUUGAGCUCUACCAGAUCCUCCAGAAAGACGACCCCAAAGCCAAACAGCGCUACAUUGGGGGUAAGAACGUCCUGACCAAGGGGACACCUGAGUGGGUCUCCUUUGACGUGACAGAGACAGUGAGGGAGUGGCUGAUGUACCGACAGACCAAUCUYGGCCUGGAGAUCAGCGUGCAUUGUCCCUGCCACACUUUCAGGCCUAAUGGAGAUAUCAUCGAGAACACCAAUGAGGUGCUGGAAGUCAAGUUCAGCGGUGUGGAAGGSGACUUUGACGAGGGGAGGCGUGAGAAGAAACAAAAAGAGCAGCCGUACCCUCACCUCAUCCUCAUGAUGCUUCCUCCUCACAGACUGGACUCCCAUUCCUCCUCCCGCCGGCGCAAGCGGGCACUCGACACCAAUUACUGCUUCAAUAAUUAUGAGGAGAAUUGCUGUGUGCGGCCACUAUAUAUUAAUUUCCGUCAGGAUUUGGGUUGGAGGUGGAUCCACCAGCCUGAAGGGUACUAUGCUAACUUCUGCUCUGGCCCCUGUCCCUACCUUCGCAGCGCGGACACCACCCACAGCUCGCUGCUGAGUCUUUACAACACUCUAAACCCCGAAGCAUCCGCCUCCCCCUGCUGCGUUCCUCAGGACCUGGAGCCCCUCACAAUCCUCUACUACGUUGGACGCUCUCCAAAAGUCGAGCAGCUCUCAAACAUGGUUGUCAAGUCCUGCAAGUGCAGCUAAACUUUAGGGACUCUGGGCCCCGAUGAGAGACAUGGCAUGAGAAAGCUUGGAGGAGAGGGAUUGAAUUUGUCUUAAUGAGUACCCCCCACCCCAACAAAAUCACCCCUACCUCAGGCCUCUCUCUCUCUUUAAAAAAAAAAGAAAGAAAAAGCAGUCCACUCUGUUCACAAUAAUUGGCAACGUUUAACAAGACUUAUCCGACACCAGUUCACCAACAUUGACAUCGGUAUUACUCAUGUUUUUGUAAUUUUACUGCAUCUUGAAAAAGCCUGUACCUCACAUGACUUACUGGUAAUCAAAGCCUGUUUUCACUGAACGAGGAACAGAACAUUAACUGUCUUGAAACGGCCGAGGCAUUCUGAAAGACACAAACUAAUCACAAUCCAGAAGAGACUGGGACUGGACUCAGCAUGCAUCAAAGAGGGUAGGAUAAGAGUGAUCCGUUUGCUGAGAGAAAUCUGAUCUCUUGGAACCUGAAACACAGGACACAUUUUAAUGUCCGAGCUGGAAGCCCGACGCUGUGGACGCCACUUGCUCUUCUACACUGUUUAAGAUUCAAUGCUGUUGAAUUAAAGUGACCUUAGGAAACAAAAAAAAAAAAACAUGCUGGAAUCCAACCUUUACUUCAACUUAGUACUUCUAUGGUUUAUGUUUACUUCUGUAAUGCAACAGCAUGGUUAUUCCAGGGAUUGUUUCAGUUUAAGGUGAAACCUUUCUGUUGUAUGAGAUGUUGUAUGUCACCAAGUGAAACCAACUAGAUCACAAACUGUAAAUGUUUUUAUUAUUACUCUUGAAAACACUUUUUUUAAUUAAAAAAAUGGACAGUU